AACUCGUGCUGGUGGGAUCUCAUGCAGUACCAGCGUCCGUGUUUUGGCCCACAGACAUCAUUCACCUCACUCGCACUCAGUUCAUUCCCAGCUUUCACUGGAGAAAGUCGGACGCACUUUUUCAACGCUGCUCACUCAAGCACUUGUUGGCAUUGAGAGAGGAUUUGGAAGUAAAUGAAAAAUUGAAGUUGCGGUUUGGUGGUGGUUUUUUCAUCCUGAAGUCUAAGUUUAGAACUAAAUGUGCACUUUUUCAGAAAGAUGUUUGUUUAUAAACUUCAUACACAAAUUUCGUAGUAACACUAAAAUCUUAAAGAUUAGAGGCUCGUUUUAAUGAUAUUGAACUUUUUCAUAUGAACAUCAGUUCUAUUUGUAGCUGAAGGAGAAUGAAUUAGCAAACUUGUCUGGUGGGAGGUGUAUAAGUGGUGCAGAAACUUGUGUAAAUUUAUCUUUGUCUCGUCUCAUCGAAUCUAUUUCUUCCUUCCUUCCUCCAUCCAUCCAACCAUCCAUUUGGCAUCAUUUUCUCCCUACAGUUGGAUGGAGAGGAGGAAUAAGUGCUUCUCAUCGUGAACAAAGAUUUGCUGAAGAGUUAGACAAAACUUGUUGUGUGUCGUGUUUCGUUCCACUUUUUGAAUUGUUUGUUCACUCGAUUCAUCAUUAGUCAAACUAAGAGUGAGAAGAUAUAAAUAAGUGGUUCGAUUGUUCUCUAACUAUUGAUUGGCAGGAAUCAUAACAUUGGCAAAAGUGACAAAAUAUCCAUGCUACAUAAUUUUCACACCCUCAACUUUGAAAACCAAUUAUUUAGUUGGUAAAACAUAUGUAAAUAAAGUCAUAUAAACUUUGUACCGGAAAAACACGAUCUGUUUCUUAUGUAAAGAGAUAUUUGUCGUCCUUGUUGUCUGAAGUCUCAUCUGCAUUCACAACUUCACCUUUCACCCGUUGACUAAUACACUUCCUUUCGCUCCUCUUUACAUGACUUCCUUCACGAAAUAGGUGAAAUAUCGACCAGUCCAGCAACUGUACCAGUGACGUGAUAAAGAUUUAUAACUAUUGCCCCCAAAAAAAGAAACGUGUGUAAAGAUUAAAAUUCAACACAUUUAGACAAAGUAGGGAAGAAAUCAGUAACGAUUUUAUCCGUUUUCGCUCUGAAAGUAUCAGUGAUUUGUAUACGUGCUCAGAAUUGAAUCAUGGCUCCGAUAUCGACGCUGGUUUUAUGGAUCCUUCUCAUCUCACAAGUGGGGACGGGAUUCUCGAAAAAAGGUGCCAAACUGGGGGAGUCAUGUGAUCGUGGCGACUGCGUUGGCGAGUACGUAUUUUGCAACAGGACGACGAGAAAAUGUCAAUGCGAGGCGAACCACCCGUUCCAAGUUAACACGGACAAGGGGACCAUUUGUGCUAAAGCCGCAAAGCUGGGAGAAGGCUGCCUCAAAGCUGAAAUGUGCCUUAGCCUCGAUGAAAAUAGUGACUGUAUCCAAGAAGGGUUCACACCAACCUGUCAGUGCAAAAGCGACUAUCACCAAAUAUACGACAAAACCCAAUCCAAGGAUCGAUGUGUUCUAAAAGCGCAAAUGAUCAGCAGCGAUUUGCUCACGCUGCUCAUUGUGGGGACAGCCAUGACAGGUUUUUGUGGUCUAACCUGUCUCGUUCUGCGAAUCUUUGCAAGGGCACGAUUCGGCCCUAGGCGAAAUGGUCAUUACGCCAACGCACAAGCCCCGCCGGCUGUCACCCUAUCAGCCGAACAAGGUGACCAUUUAGCCGAACCACGCUCACUUUCCCACUCGCGGAAUUCAUCACAACGUAGCUCUUUGGCUGAAAUUCGACGCCAAUCUGGCUCCCUUCUCGCCCCACCUACUCGUCCAGACUCUCGUCGUGCAUCCAACACGUCCAUCCGAUCUUCCAGCUCGAGUCGAAGUCAGCGAAGUUACUCCCUCAAAAACCCGGCAGGUCAUCAAAACUAUCAACACAAUCAACAGCUCCACCCUUCCCUCCAACACCGACCUUCGGACCCUGAGUCCCGGUCACAGCUCAGUCUCGGUGGUGGUGGUGGUGGUGGGAGGGACAGCGUCAGCGGGGGCAGCGGAAGUGCAAACAGUGUCACUUUCAACCUUCCCCUCCCCUCGUCGUCGUCAGCAGCGUCCACGUCGCAUAGUCCCACAACGAAGGGUAAACGAAGUGGUUCUGCUGGGACACUUCCUGUCUGACUUAGUUAAGAUAAUGGAAGAUUACGUAAACCUAAAUAAUAAUCAAAGCAGCUUAUACGUACAUACUUACUUACUCGAUCCUACUCUACUCUCCACCAUCUCGCCGUAAAUGCAUAUGAUUCGUGGCGUGGCAAGUGACAGGCUGACUUGCUUAUUCACUCCAAACCAACUUUCACCACCACUACUGACACACAUACUCAACCUACAUGGAAACGUAUGGAAGCUUACUUAAGUACGAAGAAGAAUACGAAUUUACUCAAGUCAGGUCCGGUGAAAGCCAAGCGACGACGACGACGACGAAAGAAGCCAAAUCAGCAAAUGGAUAAGUAUUUAGGUUGAAGAGAGACUUGUUGCCCUGCUUAACCAUUAGACUACACAUUAGAGAUGAACAUGAACCUUUGACAUUUUCAUGAUGACGAUGACAACAAUGCACACAGAAGAAAUAUCAACAACAAUCAAUCAUUAUUUAUUAAUAUGUAGGAACUAUUAUGGAGGAAUAUAUAUGUAUAAUAGUGUAUGUAUUAUGUAGGAUACGAGUACCUAUCAAUACGUGUAAGGAGAGUGGCCAAGUAGAAAACAAAAUCAAUCAGUAGGUGUAUUUAGUGUAAAAUAAGUAUUAAUAUGAUUUCAUGGUGUGUGUAGUGGAUUUGGUGUUGAUUUAGAUGCUAGAAUAUUUAUGAAGCUACAAAGUUAAAUGAAGGUUUAUUGUCUACUUAUCGAUAAUGUUCAAGUAGAUAUUUAUGUACGAGACCAUCCGUUUUAUUUGGUGUCAACUAUUAUUCCUCUAAAUACUUAAAAUACGUAGGUAACUAAAUGUCGUACUAUAUUGGAUCCCAAAAGUUUCCAGAUACAAUAUUCAGGCCAAAUUUUGAUGGGUAUUUAUCAAAAUUGUUAAGAUUUUUGUACAAAUUACAUACAAGAAAUGUGAAGAAUGUGUGUGUCAAAAUGUUAAAUAUGAUAAGGCACGUUGGGUCACCACACUUAUCUUUAUAUGUAUGUAGUGACUCAACGUGGCUUGAAUAAAAUAUGAAUUAUGUAUGUACAUGUGUAACACUUAUGUUCAAAAUCUCAUUACAUUUUGGAAAUAUGAAUAAAUUGUUGUCUACAUAAUUUUCAGUUUCUAAUGGAAAUAAAUGGAAUGUUUAAAAAAUA